CUUGUCUUUUGCAUUCCAGAUGAGAGAGAAAGAAGAGAAUGUUGUGUGUAUGUAUGUCUCUCUCCAUUAAAGAGACAAUAGGUUUAAGCAUUUCAGUCUUCUUUUGCAGCUCCGUUUUACUGUAAAGCAGAGAUCCUCUGUAUAUAUUUUCCUGGGAAGAUCCUGCAUAUAAAGACCAAAGUGAGAUAUUCACCAUUUGGUGAAAACUCAAAGGGCAAAAGAAUUCAUAGUUUCAAAAGAAUGAAGCAGCAGUUUACUUUAGCGUGGAAUCAUUUAUCUUCUGGCACUUGCUUACUUGUAUAACGACCAAACCCGUUCUGCUUCUUUCAGCCACUACUAUGGCUGAUCCGUUACAGUCAGAACCCACUCGGUUGUACUCGUGGUGGUGGGAUAGUCACAUUCCUAAAAACUCAAAAUGGAUUCAGGACAAUCUUGCAGAUAUGGAUACCAAAGUCAAGACAAUGAUAAAGCUCAUCGAAACAGACGCAGAUUCGUUUGCAAGAAGGGCUGAAAUGUACUACAAGAAACGUCCAGAGCUCAUGAAACUGGUUGAAGAGCUAUAUAGAGCUUACCGUGCUUUAGCUGAGAGGUAUGAUCACACGACAAUGCAGCUUCGUCACGCGCAUAAAGCUAUGGUUGAGGCUUUUCCUGACCAGGUUCCUUUUGACAUGAUUGAUGAUUCUGCAUCAUCUACUUAUGAGUCUCAUAAAGAAGACAUGCACAAAGAUAGUGCAACAAGUAAAAGUAGUUCAAGUCAGCUAAACGAAUUGUUCCAUGAUUCUAACCAAGGAGAUAGUGAAGUUGAAAGCUUGAAGAGAACAUUGCUUGAGCUUCAAACUGAAAAGGAGGCUUUGAGUCUCAGGUAUCAGCUAAGCUUGAACAAACUAUCCACGUUUGAAAAGGAACUCAAGGAUGCUCAAAAAGAUGUUAGAGGAUUUGAAGAACGUGCUUGCAAAGCUGAGAUUGAGAUGAAAGUACUCAAGGAGUCUCUUGCAAAGCUAGAGGUGGAGAGGGACACAGGGCUUCUUCAGUAUAAUCAAUCCAUGGAGAGAAUAGCGGAUUUGGAAGCAACGGUUUCUCAUGAGCAAGAACAAGGCAAGGGACUCAGUGACAGAACAUCUAAAGCAGAAAGAGAAGCUAAUAGUCUCAAGCAAGAGCUGUCUAGAUUGCAAUCUGAGAAAGAGGCUGGGUUGGUGCAAUACAAUCAAUGCCUUGAGUUGGUAUCUGUUUUAGAGAAGAGGAUUAGAGAUGCUGAGGAGAGUAUUGAAACGUUCAAGGAAAAAUCUGAGCAAGCAGAAAAUGAGAUCAAAGCUUUGAAACAACAACUUCUUAAGUUACAUGAAGUGAAUGAAGACUUGAGUGUUAAAUAUCAUCAGUGUUUAGAGACAAUAUCAAAUUUAGAGAGGGAAGUUUCUCAUGCUCAAGACAAUGCCAAAAGACUAAGCAGUGAAGUUCUUGCUGGAGCUGCAAAGGUAAAGACUGUGGAGGAACAAUGUUCUCUUCUGGAGAGCCACAAUCAAAAUCUGAAGGUGGAAGCAGAUAAUCUAGCGCAGAAGAUGUCAGCUAAAGAUCAAGAACUUGUUCAGAAGCAAAACGAGCUUGAAAAGCUCCAAGCUCUAAUGCAAGAACAACAGUUCCGGUUUUCGGAACUUGAAACUAGUCUUAGAAGUUUGGAGAGUUUGCAUUCUCAAUCUCAAGAGGAACAGAAAGUUCUCACCAUGGAACUCCAAAGCAAGGCUCAGAUCUUGAGAGAACUUGAGAAUAGCGAAACAAAUGACUCUUCCACUACUAUCACCUUGCAGAUACAGAGGAAUGAGAUCUCUUGCUUGAAUAAGAUGAAAGAAAAGCUUGAGGAAGAAGUUGCAAAGCAGAUGAAUCAGAGCAGUGCUCUUCAAAUAGAGAUACACCGUGUGAAGGGCUAUAUGGAGAACUUGAAUAGGAGCUUCCAACAGUUAAUUGAACAGGUGAGACUCACAGGUUUUGAUCCAUCAUCACUUGUCUUCUCAGUGAAAAAACUACAAGAAGAGAACUCAAAGCUUCUCCAGUUAUGUUCCAAACAGAGAGAUGAUAAAGAAGCUCUAACAAGAAAGCUGUCUGAAAUGGAUAACAUUGUAAGGAAGAAUGCUGAUUUGGAGAAACUGCUUUUGAUAUCAAACACAAAACUAGACGGUUCUAAAGAGAAAGCAGAGAAUCUGCUAGAAAGAUGUGAGUCUUUAAGAAGAGAGAGAUCUGAGCUUGCUGUUGAGAGAACAAACUUGUUUUCUCAGUUACAGAUCAUGACUGUGAAUAUGCAGAAGCUCUUGGAGAAGAACUCUUUACUGGAGAGAUCUCUUUCUAAUGCCAACAUUGAGCUUGAAAGUCUAAAGGACAAGUCAAAGUGCUUUGAAGAGUUGAUCACUUUGCUCAAGAAUGAUAAGUCUGAACUUAUAAAGGAGAAAGAAUCUCUUGUGUCUCAAUUGCAUAACGUUGAGGAGAAGCUAGGAGUCUUGGAGAAGAAUUUUACAGAGCUAGAAGUAAAAUACUCUGAUCUACAUAGUGAGAAGAAGCUCAAGAGCCUUCAAGUAGAAGAGUUACAAGUCUCACUUUCCACUGAGAAGCAGGAGCAUGAUGAUUAUAAGAGAUCUACUGAAAGCAGAUUAGCAGAUCUUCAGAGGAACGUGAGCCUUCUUAGAGAAGAGUGUCGCUCAAGGAAAAGAGAGUAUGAGGAAGAGCUUGACAGAGUUGUAAACAAACAAGUAGAGAUCUUCAUCUUGCAAAAGCUUAUAGAAGAGUUGGAGCAGAAGAACUUCUCUCUUCUGAUUGAGUGUCAGAAGCAUGUGGAAGAAUCAGAACUUUCAGAGAAGCUUAUUUCUGAACUGGAGAGUGAGAAUCUUGAGCAGCAGAUGGAAGCAGAGAUCUUCUUGGAUGAGAUUGAUAGCUUAAGGAGUGCAAUCUAUCAAGUGGUGAAGGCACUUCAAGUUGAAGCAGAAGACUGUAAGACUUCACAACAGAAGAUUACAAAAGACCAAACAUCACGUGUUGUGGGAGAGAUUAAUGGGUUAAAGUGUUCACUUUCAAGCGCUGAAUAUGAGAUGCAUAGACUUGUGGUUGAGAACUCAGUGCUCUUAUCUCUACUUGGGCAGUUUCAUUCAGAUGGUUUGAUGUUAGAAAAGGACAAGCAAGAAUUAAUGGAAGCGAACCGGUUGUUGAAAUCAGAACUAAUCAGAAGAGAGCAACAAGAGCAAGAGCUCAGAGCUGAAACACAAACGGAGCAUUCAAAAUUUGAGAUUUUGAAUGAGUCAUACAUUGUUUUGAAACAAGAGUACUCCUCUAUACUCAGCGUUAACAAAACUUUGCUUACAGAGUUGGCAGAACUUAAAAGUGGAAUGUGUAUAGCUGAGGAAGAAAAAGAUGCAACUCUUCAGGAAGCUGUUGCGUUGAGUAACAUGUGUGUGUUUUACAGGUCCUUUGGGUCUGAAAUGGCUGAAGAGGUCAAAGCUUUUGCUGAAACUGUUAGCAGUUUACGAGAAAUUAAUAUGGACCUGAAGCACAAGGUUGAGACACUUGAGGAGAGGUUAAAAGGAAAGGAGGAAGAAAAUAAAGGUCUUGACAAGAAGCUGGAGAAGUUACAAGAAGGCCUUGAAGUAGACAACUUCUUAAAUGGAAUAUUGGAACAUCAGGUUCUUGAUGUAGACGAAAUCUUGGAACACAGGGAAAUAGAGAUCACAGAAGCAGAGAAUAUGCUCAAGGCUACACAGAGUGAAAAUGAAGAACUGCACAAAGAAGUUGAGGAGCUGAGGAAAGGCUUUGAAGAAUCAAGAAACAUGAGGGGAAACUUACAGAGGCAGAUUUUUGAAAUGUCAGAUUUGGCUGGGAGGCAGGAGGAAGAGAUAAGAAAACUCAACACUUUGAAUGAGGAUUUGGAGUCAAAGAUAGAGUUAUUACAUAAAGAAGUGCAAAGCAGACAGCUUAGAGAAGAGUUACUUAGUUUGGAGCUGCAAGAGAAAAGCAAUGAGGUUGUACUUUGGGAUGCUGAUGCAACAUCUUUCUACUCUGAUCUUCAAAUCUCAUCUAUCCGCGAAUUCUUUCUUGAGAACAAAAUUAAAGAACUCAAUGGAGUUUGUGAAAAUCUCAAAGAUGAAGCUGUUGCAAAGACUAAGAAGAUGAAACAGAUGAAAGAAAGAGUUAGAUUUUUGGAGUCUCAAGUGACUGAGCUAAACACUCAGUUGUCAGCUUAUGAUCCUGUGAUAGCAUCUUUGGCAAAAGAUGUAACAUCUCUUGAGAAAAGUAGUCAGGCUUUGACAAAAUUUCCUGAACCAGCCUAUCAACAAAUAGAGGAAGAAGCGGUUUGUCAAGAGUCUGAAGAAAGUGGAAGCAUCACUACUCCAGGAAAUGGAAUUGUGAUUCAGCAGGAAAUGAAACCAAAGCUUGUAAGGCAAAGAACACGAAGAGGGGCGUUCCACAAAAGCAGAAGCCGCAAGAAGAUUGAAGAGAUACAACGUGAGGACAACAUGAUCACCGGUGAAUCUAGCCGACCAAGAUUGAGGCCUCAGAUGAGGGAAGUGAAAAAUUACAAGAUGUUAGAGUUUUCGGAAGAAUAUGCUGAAUCAGAGACCCGUGUAAAGCUUAAGAGGCCAUAUCGCCUAAGCCGGAAUCCUUCUUUAGAAUCUGAGAGAGUGGUUGGAGUUGAUGACAAGCAAGACUUAUCUAGCAACAUAGAAGACAAGGCAAAGAUCAUGGAGAGACUUUUGUCUGAUUCAAGAAGAUUGUUAAGUCUCCGGAUUAGCCUAACAGAAAUGAAAAGCAAGCUUGAGAUGAACGGGAAACAAGGCAAAGUCAGCAAAGCUGAUAUUGUUAUAGUGAAGAGACAGUUGAAAGAAAUGGAAGAAGCCGUCUUGCAGAUGACAAACACAAACGAGAUUCUUUCAAAGGAAACUGAGGAGACAUCAGGAGAUUCAAGAGAUAUAUACAGAAAAGUGAUUAUGGAGAAGUCAAGAAACGGGUCUGAGAAGAUUGAGCAGCUGCAGAACAAAAUGCAGAGCAUUGAGGAAGCUGUUCUGAAGCUUGAAGACGGAGGUAAAAGCAAGGGAAGUAGGACAAUGAUUCUCUUCAGAGACAUUAUGCACAAGGGCGGGAAAAGAACUGCAAGACAGAAGAAAAACCGGUUCUGCGGAUUUAUAAGAUCUUCAUCUAAAGAAGAGUAG